AGUAGCUGCUAACAACAUGGAUACUAUAAAGCAAGAAUCCCAAUUCUUUUCAAAACCAGGCCUCCUAGAGUCUGAAGAAGACCACUAUUCAAAGCAAUCAACAGGGGAUGUAGAGAAAAUUUACUGUGACGAAAAUGUUUAUGCCAGUGACGAAGAGGAUGACAGUAAAAAGGUAAGCAGCAAUCUUCCCAAUCGGCCAUAAUGGCAACUUCAACACCCGAGAUAUUAACUCCUGAAAACACUCGUAAAGAUUUUAUCAUCAAGAAGCAGUAUUUCAUUUCAUACAAAAAGGAAGAUAUUCAUAAAGACUUUGAAUUCGACCCUGAACCCUUAGGUGAAGGCACCUAUGGCAUUGUCUACAAGGCUGUUGACAGACUUACACAAGAAGUGAGGGCGAUUAAGAAGAUAGAUGUCAGUAACCUUACAGGCGAGACUUCUAAGUGACUAAAUGACCUUGAAGAAUCUGAAGUCUCUGAAAAGAACAAAAAAUUUUACCGUACUUUUAUCAAUGAGCUUUCAUCUCUGAAGCUGCUAGAUCAUCCAAAUAUUAUCAAGCUACAUGAAGUGUACGAAUGCUGAAACUCAAUUUACCUAGUCCAAGAAUUUUGCAACGGUGGAGAACUUUUCGAUUUCAUAGUUGAGAAAGGAACCAUUGAUGAGCCCACAGCAGCAGAAAUCUUCAAACAAAUGGUUGGAGCUAUAAUAUAUUGCCAUAAAAAUAGAAUAUGCCACAGAGAUCUCAAGCCUGAAAACUUCAUGCUUUGCUCCAACGGUGAUGGCUGGAAGGUAAAGCUCAUAGACUUCGGUGUUUCAAGGAGCUACUUUAAAAUGGAGGAAAAUAUGGGAAUCAUCCGUAUGGCUAGUGUCAUAGGGACCACACCAUACAUGGCACCUGAAGUCUUUGAAGAGAACUAUUCCAACUCCUGUGACACUUGGUCACUCGGAGUCAUCCUCUAUAUCAUGGUUGCAGGGUACCCUCCCUUUGAAGGUGAUAAUGAGGAAGAAAUAGAAGCGAAGAUUAAGCUGCUAGAUUUCUCGUUUGACGAUGAAAUUUGGGCUGAACUCAGUGAUAAAGUGAAAGACUUAAUCUCAAAACUACUUACUGAAGAACACUAUAGAAUCACCCCUAAGGAGGCUCUGAAGCAUGAAUGGUGUGUAACAGAGAACCCAUUCCCAGUUUCAAGGGCGAAUAAAACUCUAAUUGAUAGAUUGGUUCGAUUCCGUCACUGAGGAAGACUAAGAAAAGCAGUUGUAGGAUAUCUAGCUUCCAAAGUCUCAGAUACUGAGCUUCAAAAAGAGAUUGACUUUUUUAAUUUGUUAGAUACCAAUAAAGAUGGGUACAUCACAAAGAAAGAGCUAGAAAAAGGUCUAAAGAACUACCUUGACAUUGACAAUGAUCUCAUAAAUUCAAUUAUGGCCAGUACCGAUACAGAAGAUAAAGGAGCUCUCAGCUUCAAUGAAUUUAUAGCAGCAGUCCUCAGCGACAAAAUCACCAAAGAUCACACUAAGAUCGCUCAGGCAUUCCAAUUCUUCAAUAAAGCCUCUGACGGGUACAUCACUGACAAACAGCUGAAAGCCUGCCUCGCUGGCUCCGAGUUCAAGCAUAUAGAGACCAAGGUCUUCACUGAAGUUAUUAAUGAAGUCAGCCAAGACCAGAACGGAGCGAUUAAGAUGAAGGAUUUUAUGAGAGUGAUGUCAGUGAAAUUCGAGAAUAAGUUGGAAGGGAAGGGGAAGAAGAGGUCGAGGAUAGCGACUGACUGGGAUAAUGAGAAGGGGGAGAGUGAGUAAUACUACAAUAAAAUAUUUCA